UAAUAGCAACCCUAGACAUUACGUCAUCGGUCAUCAACUUUUGUAAAAAAUGCAACCAGGGUUUAGUCUCUUUAAUUAGAAAUUUCCACAAACGUUCCUAGCAUUUUUUGCUUUGUAAUCUAUCUAUUAUGUUAAAAAAAGAGCCAAAACCUAUUACAUUUAAAAAUCUUAUCAAAACUUCCCUAAAGACUGUAUUCGUUGUUGAGGCUGUCGCCUUUGCUGUGAGUUACGGCGUUUGGUAUAGGCUGAACACCGACCGAAAUUUCCGACUAUAUAUGUUUAAAAAUCACAACUGGGUCUUGGAAGCGUACUACGGACUUGGUGAAAAGAUUGCUGAUCAAAAAACUCGUCAACUCGACCUAAAAGUGUGGGACGGCGAGGGCAAACUGUAAGCUCCGGGAUUUAUAGGACUGGUGAGAUGAGUAUUGCUAUAAGAGCCACUUUCUGGGUGGUCACAUUUGGCACCAUUGGUUACGCUCUGUUCACGUUGGUCAAACCUGAUGAUGAACUUCUCAAAAAGGUCAUUAUUUUUUAACAAUUUUAUUUCAGUUCUUUUAUGUUUGUUUUAGUCACUGUCCCUUAGAUGUAGUUUUAAGCAUGUUUUGUUGUGCCAUAUUUCCGCUAUUAUUUAUGGAUCUAUAUUGUAAUGUGACUAAAACAUCAAAAAUGUUUGACAUUAUUCACCAAAUUUUGCUUUCCUUUGUACAUAUUAAUUAACUUCAUCACCUUCAUCAAGUUUGGUCAUUACUUUUGUGGUUGUAAAUAAAAGUUUAACAAUAUAUAAAAUUAUACACACUGUUAUUGAACGGAUCGUUUUCAAACUAUAUGUGAUCAUGGUUUUUGCAUCCACACCAGUGUAAGGGACUCAUAAAAUGUGAAAAUCCUGGUAAGAACUUGUUAAAUAAUAAUGUGUAUAAUAAAAACAGUUGAAAAGUUUAAAAUAAUUUGUUUUUAAAUAUGAAAGUUUAAUUAAGUCUUCAAUAUUUCCAGUUUGAUGAACAUUCAAAGAAUACUGAUGCAAGAAAACUCUCCAAACAAACAAUAGAACAACUUAAAGAAGCUGCCAACCAAAAUUCAGAAUUGAACCAAAAGAUACAAGCAUUGUUGAAAAAAUGAAUGAUAAACAUUCUGUCUUAGAACGUCUGAGCCGCAGAGAUGCUCAGAGAUUAGAAAAACUACAGAAGGCGCAUAAGGCAAGAGAAGAAGUAGAUGCAUGUGAUGAAAACGAAGAUUACUUUUCGGGUUCAUUUAAAAUCAAAUCUGAAUAUGUUGAAGAUCUUUUAGCUCAAGUACCAACAAUAGACAACAGCAUGCUCCCAUCUCACUUUGACAUCAUCAAAAAGGAAAUUAAUGAACUACAGAAAUAUGUGGUAACAUCAACAUUUUUCCUUAAGGAAUUCAAUUUGAGAAAAUUUCUUGGCAUUGUGCAAAAUUUACAAACUAAAUGUUAUGAAUUAGAAGACAGAUAUGUUCCUCGCAAGAAAUUUGGCUUUUCAAAGAAAAAGCUUCCAAAAUCUCAUAGUCAAAAACAAAAUUUAAUGGAUGAAGCUGAUGGAGCAGCUAAAAAAGACAGUAACAAAUGGGAUGAAAAUCUAUUUGGAUUCAGUUCAAAAGAAAAUGAAGUUUUGCUCUUAGAAAAUGAUGAAUUGUACCGAAGAGAUGUGGCUUUACGUAAUUUGAAAAAUUGCACUAUAGGUCUCAAAGGUUUAAUGGGAACAUUACAUUUGAUCAAUUUGGAAAACUGCAUAGUUCUUUCUGGGCCGGUAACAUCAUCAGUAUUUGUUGAUAAGUGCACAAAUUGUAAAAUAGUUAUUGCAUGCCAACAGCUUCGUAUGCACACAUCAACAAAGUGUGAUGUUUAUUUGCAUGUAACUAGUAAAGGUAUUGUAGAGGACUGUUCCCAAAUACGCACAGCACCAUAUAAUUUGUUCUAUGAUAACUUGGAGAAGCAUUAUGAAUCAUCCAGUUUAGAUAGAAAUUCAAAUAACUGGGAUAAUUUGGAUGAUUUUAAUUGGUUAGCUCCUGAUGUAAGUUCACCAAAUUGGUCGGUUUUAGAUGUUUCCGAAAGAAUUGAUUCAUGGGACGAUUGGUGGUCUAAGAUUCCUUUGUAACAAAUUAUGAAUAUAACAAUAAAUUAAAAUAUCUGUGCAAUUGUACAACACUUGAAUAUCCACACAAGAAACGGACUAGACAACAUUAUUUAAGUAUGAAAUUACUCCUGUUUGUGCAUGUGCUUUUUCUUUGCUGUUACAUAUAAUUAUUGUAAUAUAACAAAUAACAUCUAGUAUUUCCUUUAUUUAGCUCAUUAGCUGAUUUUUUGUUCACAUUUCAUUAAUUACAUUACAAUAAUAAUUAUCAAAGCUCAAUGCUUACUUACAAAGUACAUGCAAUUAUUUGAAAAGAACUAUUGAAGAAACAAUUACCUACUAUUAAUUUUUAUGUAAGAUGCCUCCUUUAUAUAGACAUAGUUGCAUUUAUUAAUUUGAUUAAAUUUUAUUUAUGAACCCAA